ACAUGCUCUCAACUGCCACAGAAUGAAGCCAGCGCUCUUCAACGUCCUGUGUGAUGUCAAAGAAAAAACAGUGUUGAGUAUCCGUGGCGCCCAGGAGGAGGAGUCUCCCGAUGCCCAGCUGAUGCGAUUGGACAACAUGCUGCUGGCGGAGGGCGUGUCCGGGCCGGAGAAAGGGGGCGGGUCUGCGGCGGCUGCGGCGGCGGCGGCGGCAUCGGCUGGAGUCGGAGCCGAUAACUCCACCGAACACUCCGAUUACAGAGCCAAACUCACCCAGAUCCGCCAGAUCUACCACACCGAGCUGGAGAAGUACGAACAGGCGUGUAACGAGUUCACGACCCAUGUGAUGAACCUGCUGAGAGAGCAGUCUCGCACGCGGCCCAUCUCGCCCAAAGAGAUCGAGCGCAUGGUCAACAUCAUCCACCGCAAGUUCAGCUCCAUCCAGAUGCAGCUCAAGCAGAGCACCUGCGAGGCCGUCAUGAUCCUGCGCUCCCGCUUCCUCGACGCCAGGAGGAAAAGACGAAACUUCAACAAACAGGCCACAGAGAUCCUGAACGAAUAUUUCUACUCUCAUCUCAGUAACCCGUAUCCCAGCGAGGAGGCCAAAGAAGAGCUGGCCAAGAAGUGUUCGAUCACCAUGUCGCAGGUUUCCAACUGGUUCGGAAACAAACGGAUCCGAUAUAAGAAGAACAUCGGAAAAUUCCAGGAAGAAGCCAACAUCUACGCGGCCAGAACGGCUGUGAGCGCGGCGAGUGUGUCGGCACAUGGCAGCCAGACCAAUUCCCCGUCCACUCCAAACUCAGCAGGUUCCGCUGGCUCUUUUAACAUGUCAAACUCUGGCGAUUUGUUUAUGAGUGUUCAGUCUCUGAAUGGGGACUCGUACCAGAGCUCUCAGGUGGGAGCCAAUGUGCAGUCACAGGUGGAUACCCUUCGCCAUGUUAUCAGCCAGACAGGAGGAUACAGUGACGGCCUCGCAGCAAACCAGAUGUACAGUCCGCAGGGCAUCAAUGCGAACGGCGGCUGGCAGGACCCCACCACCCCGUCCUCCGUCACCUCCCCCACAGAAGGACCCGGAAGCGUUCACUCCGACACCUCUAACUGAUCCUCACACACACGGACCGUCUCCAUCACCGCCUCACACGCUCCUCUCUCCAGUGUGUACAUGACUUCUGAAAACACAAGAGCGCAUCAUCAAACGUCUUCAUGCUACCUCUCAAAACAUCCGUCAGCAAACACAUCCAGACCAAGAGAACGGGAGCUUUAGACUAGUCACAAACAUCUAUACUGUAUGUCAACCCUGCCUUCAUCGUCAUGACAAACAUCAUGUUAUGUUUGAAACAUUUUUGCAAUUUUACCAUAGUGCCAAAGUACUUUUAUACAUCCCUGUAGGAACUCAUUUUACAUUAUAAUAGACUUCUUAUGCUUGAAAAAGCAGUUUGCACUGCGUCUGAGCUGAACUAGAGUUCUGCUUGUCUAAUAACCUUUACUUUGAAUCUCAAAACAUUUGGUUGGUGUACAUAAGGGAAAAUCAUAAGUCCCUGCUUUAAGGAGAAAUAAAGGCAAUGCAGUUCAGAUAUACAGUAGAUAUCAAAUUGUUCAUUUCUAAAGGUUAUUAGCACAACAGUAUCAUUAUUUAGCAUUUUAAAUAAGAUUCACACGCAUCACACUUCAGGUUAUUCAUGCAAUCUUGAUGAAUUUUUGUCUGAUAUUCAUGUACAGACACAUAAAUCCCUUUAUAUAGCAUCUUCAUCAUCAUCAUGGCUGAAGGAUUUUCAUCAGCGCACAUGAGAAUGCAAUAAAAGGCAAUCAGAAGUGAACAAAUCCCAAAUGUGAAAUCGCUUUCGUUCCAUGUCAGCCUUCUCUACGGCGACCUUGAUACCAAAAACCACAGGCGUGUCCGCUCUUACCUUCACAUUGCAUCGUUCAUGUUGUAAAUUGUGUAAAAUCCGAGGCGCUGGGAUGUGCUUCUCACGAAUGUCCCGGCGCGUUACACCUGAAACCAAAAAUCCACUCGUGUUUCUUGAGAAGAAAGGAAAAGCUCACGAUGGCACACAAAUGCAGAAAUCGUUUGGAUAUAUUUUUGAUGCCCUCCUGUUGUGAAUAGCCGAUUCUCAUUUCUGAUUUCAUACACGGGCGGCCAUAUAUUUUAUUUUCUCGCAAGCAUAAUGUGAAUGCGCGCUAGCUUCUAUAUGUAGAUGUGCACCUUUACUCAUCUUUUGCUCUUUUUAUAACAAUCGCAUCCACGUCUGAAAUGAUCAAGUCUUUUAGAGAAGCGCUGUGAUGAGUGCAGGCUUUCUGCUCCUGGGGCCACAGUUACUGCAGUUGAUUGAGAAUGAGACCAUGUAGAGAGGUUUUGGAGCUCUAGAUAGUGUGGGUCAUAGUCUUUCUUUGGUUUGCCGUCUCAUCAGAUCGCACCUCAGCAGCACCGUAUUCAGAAAAGUCUCAUGUAAUGAUGCUUUUAGUUUUUGCAUAUACAGCGGUUUGUAAAACAUCAAAUGUUUACUUUGUUGCAUGUCUUUUGUUCUUUAAACUCCUGCAGUGUUU